AGUUUGAGGCGGGGCCUGCAGGGGGCGGGGCCUGCAGGAGCCGUGGUCAGGUAACUGGGCUGGGUUCCCGCUAGGUGUGGUCUCGGAAGGCUGGGGCGGUGGCAACGUGGAGGGCGGGGGUGACAGCAGCCCCGAGCCGCAGAGCCUCAGCUUCCGCCUGGUCCCAGCCUCGUGGGAGCCCCGCGGGUCCUGCCUAGAUGUGGAAGACUGAGGCCUGUUGCAAGUGCAGAGCUCAGCCCUUGAACCCUCUGUCCCCAAGAGCUCCAUGCAGGUGCCACAGGAUGGAGAAGACCUUGCUGGCCAACCCUGGUACCACGGCCUCCUGUCCCGCCAGAAGGCUGAAGCUCUUCUUCAGCAAGAUGGCGACUUCCUGGUUCGUGCCUCUGGGUCUCGUGGGGGCCACCCCGUGAUCUCCUGCCGCUGGCGGGGCUCAGCCCUCCAUUUCGAGGUGUUCCGUGUGGCCCUGCGUCCCCGGCCAGGCCGACCCACAGCUCUCUUUCAACUGGAGGAUGAGCAGUUCCCCAGCAUGCCCGCUCUGGUUCACAGUUACGUGACAGGCAGGCGCCCACUGUCCCAGGCCACAGGGGCUGUGGUCUCCAGGCCUGUGACUUGGCAGAAGCCUCUGCGACGCAGCUUUAGCGAGGACACCCUGAUGGAUGGCCCAGCUCGGACACAGCCUCUCAGGGCAAGGAAGUGGAGCAACAGUCAGCCUGCAGAUUUGGCACAUAUGGGACAGUCAAGAGAAGACCCCACUGGGAUAGAAGCCUUCGCCAUGCCCGUAUCUGCCUUGCCCCGAACGGGCAGUGACCCCGUGUUGCUGAAGGCCCCUGCUCCCCUGGGAACUGUUGCCAACAGUCUCAGAGCCUCCGAUGGGCAGCUUCAAGCCAAGGCACCAGCGAAGCCUCCCCGGACACCCUCCUUCGAACUUCCUGAUGCCUCUGAACGUCCCGCAACGUACUGCGAGCUGGUGCCCCGAGUACCCUGUGUCCAGGGAACAUCCCUGAGCCAAAGCUGCCCAGAGCCAGAGGCCCCGUGGUGGGAGGCUGAGGAGGAUGAGGAGGAAGAGAACAGAUGUUUUACAAGACCACAGGCUGAGAUCUCUUUCUGCCCCCCUGAUACCCCCUCCUGCCUCCUGGGCCCCCAGAAUCGGCCCCUGGAACCCCAAGUCCUGCAUACUCUCCGUGGCCUGUUCCUGGAGCACCAUCCUGGGAGCACUGCCCUUCACCUGCUAUUGGUAGACUGCCAGGCCACAGGCCUCCUGGGAGUGACCAGGGAUCAGCGGGACAACAUGGGGGUCUCAUCUGGCCUGGAGCUGCUCACUCUUCCCCAUGGAUGUCGCUUGAGGUUGGAACUGCUGGAGAGGCAUGAGACACUGGCGCUGGCCGGGGCACUGGCAGUGCUGGGCUGCUCGGGGCCGCUGGAGGAGCGCGCAGCCGCACUGAGGGGCCUGGUAGAGCUGGCGCUGGCGCUGCGGCCAGGGGCAGCGGGGGACCUGCCCGGGCUGGCUGCGGUCAUGGGCGCCCUGCUCAUGCCCCAGGUUCGUGGGGAGCAGGGAGUGGAGGAAGCUGGAGUGCGGGUGACUGGGAAGACAGGAGAGGAGGCAUGCGCAGGUCUCUUCUCCCAGGUGUCCCGGUUGGAGCACACGUGGCGCCAGCUCCGAAGGAGCCACACGGAGGCUGCGCUGGCCUUUGAGCAGGAGCUGAAGCCGCUGAUGCGGGCUCUGGAUGAGGGCGCUGGACCCUGCGACCCCGGCGAGGUGGCGCUGCCGCACGUGGCACCCAUGGUGCGCCUGCUGGAGGGCGAGGAAGUCGCGGGGCCGCUGGAUGAGAGCUGCGAGCGGCUGCUGCGCACCCUGCACGGGGCGCGUCACAUGGCCCGGGACGCACCCAAAUUCCGCAAGGUGGCAGCCCAGCGCCUGCGAGGUGAGCGUUCCCUCUGCUCUGUACUGCAGACUUCAGAUCCGGCAAGUUCUGGCCGUACCCCCAGACCCAACCUGUCCCAGGAAGGGAGCCUCCCGCCACGCCUCCCGGAGCCCCACCCAAACUGGGACGUCUCCACUCCAGGAAGGUUCUCACCCCAAGCAAACGCUGCUUCCAGCGGAUUCCGGCCUAACCCAGAGCUGAGGGAGGCCCUGACCACCGGCUUCCUGCGGAGGCUGCUCUGGGGUAGCCGGGGCGCGGGAGCUCCGCGCGCUGAACGCUUUGAGAAGUUCCAGCGCGUCCUCGGCGUCCUGUCACAGCGCCUGGAGCCUGACAGCUGAGAGCGCAGACCCCUUUCUUCACACCCGGGACCCCCAGGUUUUUGAAGACCCCGGAAGAGACCAAAGGAGUCGUCCCAGGCUCCUCACGUCCUCAGGCGGAAACCUGCCCUGUGCCUCACAGCAGAGGUGGGGAGGGCAGUCAGGGUCAUCGGGGCAUAGUGAACAUGUGACCUGCAGAUCUGGCAUCAGAGGCCAGAGUUCAAAUGUGACUCCGCUUCUUAAAAGCUGUGAUUUCUAGCAGAUCACUUCACCUCUCUGUGUCUGCCUUUAACAAAAUCAUGGCUGUGCAGCAGCUCAGGCCUGUAAUCUCAGCACUUGGGGAGGCCGAGGCGGAAGGAAGGCUUGAGGCCAGGAGUUCAAGACCAGCCAGGGCAACAUGGUGAGACCUCAUCUCUACAAAAACUGAAAAAUAAAAAACUUUUACAAAAUGUAAAA